AUGGAUGCCGAAAAAUCAAUAAAUUUAUUAAACGAAUUAAUUAAUAGAAGUGAUUUGGAUGCUGGAGUUGCUAAAUCAUCAAAUGGAUUGCUUGAAACAUUAAAAAUCAUACAAAAUUGUACCAGUUGUAAAAAGGAUGAUAUAAAAGAAAACGAUUGUUUUUAUGAAUUUAUAAAUGAAAUCUUGGUUGAGUUAGAAAAAGAAAAAGAAGAACAAAAAAAGAAUUAUAUAAUCAGGAGGUUAGACCAUGAAUUAAUCAGAAUAGAUGAUGUAUUGAAUGGAAAAGUAUUAUGUGAAGAUUGCAAAGAAGAAAAAAUAGAAAAAUUAGCAAAUAAAUUAUUUAACAUGUCAAAUGAAUUAAUUAAUAGAAGGGAUUUGACAGUUAGCAUUACUGAAUCAUCAAAUCGAUUGAUUGAAACGUUAAAAAUGAUACAAAAUUGUACCAGUUGUAAAAAAGAUAAUAUAAAAGAAGGAGGGUAUUUUGAUGUAUUUUAUAGAUCAAUAAAUGAAAUAGGAAAUUACUUGAUCAUAUUAGAAAAAGGAAACCAUUUAAUAAUCCAUCAAUUAAGUGAUAAAUUAAUUGAAAUAUAUGAUAUAUUGAAUGAAAAUGUAUUAUGCAAAGGUUGCAAAGGAGAAAAAAUAGAAAAAUUAACAAAUAAGUUAUUUAGCUCAUUAAACAAAUUAAUUAAUAGAAGCAAUUUGGAUGCCGGAGUUACUAAUUUAUCAGAUGGAUUGCUUGAAACAUUAAAUAUAAUACAAGGUUGUACCAUUUGUAAAAAAGAUGAUAUAAAAGAAGAUUAUUGUUUUUAUGAAUUUAAUAAAUUAAUAAACGAAAUAGGAAAUUACUUGGUUGAGUUAGAAAAAGGAAACCAUUUAAUAAUCCAUCAAUUAAGUGAUAAGUUAAUCAAAAUUGAUGAUAUAUUGAAUGGAAAUGUAUUAUGUGAAGGUUGCAAAGGAGAAAAAAUAGAAAAAUUAACAAAUAAGUUAUUUAGCUUGUUAAACAGAUUAAUUAACAGAAGUGAUUUGGAUGCUGGAGUUACUAAUUUAUCAGAUGGAUUGCUUGAAACAUUGAAUACAAUACAGAGUUGUACCAGUUGUAAAAAAGAUAAUAUAAAAGAAAAAAAUUGUUUUUAUAAAUUUAAUAAGUCAAUAAAUGAAAUAGGAAAUUACUUGGCCACGUUAGAAAAAGGAAACCAUUUAAUAAUCAAUCAAUUAGAUGAUGAAUUAAUUGAAAUAGAUGAUAUAUUGAAUGAAAAUGUAUUAUGCAAAGGUUGCAAAGGAGAAAAAAUAGAAAAAUUAACAAAUAAGUUAUUUAGCUCAUUAAACAAAUUAAUUAAUAGAAGUGAUUUGGACGCUGGAGUUACUAAUUUAUCAGAUGGAUUGAUUGAAACAUUAAAAAUGAUACAAUAUUGUGGUACUUGUAAAAGAGAUAAUAUAAAAAAAGAUUAUCGUUUUUAUGAAUUUAAUAAGUCAAUAAACGAAAUAGAAAAUUAUUUGGUUGCAUUAGAGAAGGGAAGCCAUGAUUUGAAUGCUAGAGUUACUGAAUUGUUUGAAACAUUAAAAAUCAUAAAGAAUUGCACCAGUUGUAAAAAAGAAAAAGAGAAUCAUUUAAUAAUUAAUCAAUUAGACGAUGCAUUAAUUAAAAUAGAUGAUGUAUUGAAUGGAAAAACAUUAAAAAUAAUGCAAAGUUGUAUCAGUUGUAAAAAAAAUAGCAUAAAAGAAAAGUAUUUUUAUGAAUUUCAUAAAUCAAUAAAUGAAAUAGAAAAUUACUUGGUUGAGUUAGAAAAAGGAAACCAUUUAAUAAUCAAUCAAUUAGAUGAAGAAUUAAUUGAAAUGGAUGAUGUAUUGAAUGUAUAUAUAUUAUGCAAAGGUUGCCAACAAGAAAAAAUGGAAAAAUUAACAAAUAAACUAUUUAACUCAUUAAAUGAAUUAAUCAACAGAAAUGUUUUGAAUGCUAGAGUUACUGAAUUGCUUGAAACAUUAAAAAUCAUAGAGAGUUGUACCAGUUGUAAAAAAGAUGAUAUAGAAGAAAAACAUUUUGGUAAAUUCUAUAGAUCAAUAAAUGAAAUAGAAAAUUACUUGGUUGCAUUAGAAAAAGAAAAAAGAGAACAAAAAGAGAAUGAUACAAUAAUCUUUUGGUUAGAUGAUGCAUUAAUUAAAAUCUAUCAUGUAUUGAAUGGAUAUAUAUUAUGCAAAGGUUGCAAAGGAGGAAAAAUAGAAAAAUUAACAAAUAAGUUGUUCAACUCAUUAAACAAAUUAAUUAAUAGAAGUGAUUUGAAUGCUAGAGUUACUAAGUCAUCAAAUGAAUUGCUUGAAACAUUACAAAUGAUAGGGAAUUGUAUCAGUUGUAAGAAAGAUAAUAUAAAAGAAAAUUGUUUUUGUGAAUUUAAUAAAUCAAUCAAUGAAACAGAAAAUUACUUGGUUGAGUUAGAAAAAGAAAAAGAAGAACAAAAAAAGAAUUGUACAAGUUGUAAAACUAAUAUGAAAGAAGUAAAGUAUUUUGAUGAAUUCUAUAUAUCAAUAAACAAAAUAGAAAAUUACUUGGUUGAGUUAGAAAAAGAAAAAGAAGAACAAAAAAAGAAUGAUAUAAUCUUUUGGUUAGAUGAUGCAUUAAUUAAAAUAGAUGAUGUAUUGAAUGGAAAGGUAUUAUGUGAAGGUUGCAAAGGAGAAAAAUUAACAAAUAAGUUAUUUAACUCAUUAAAUGAAUUAAUUAAUAGAAGUGACUUGAUGGUUAGCAUUACUGAAUCAUCAAAUCGAUUGAUUGAAACAUUAAAAAUAAUGCAAAAUUGUACCAGUUGUAAAAAAGAUAAUAUAAAAGAAAAUUAUUUUGAUAAAUUUCAUAAAUCAAUAAACAAAAUAGACAAUUACUUGGCUGCAUUAGAAAAAGGAAACCAUUCAAUAAUCCAUCAAUUAGAUGAUGAAUUAAUCGAAAUAGAUGAUGUAUUGAAUGGAUAUAUAUUAUGCAAAGUUAAUAAAUCAUCAAAUGAAUUGCUUGAAACAUUAAAAAUCAUAGAGAAUUGUAUCAGUUGUAAAAAAUAUUAUAUAAAAGAAGUAAAGCAUUUUGAUGUAUUCUAUAGAUCAAUAAAUGAAAUAGAAAAUUAUUUGGUUGAAUUAGAAAAAGAAAAAGAAGAACAAGGAAAGAGAUAUAUAAUCAAUCGGUUAGAUGAUAAAUUAAUUUACAUAGAUGAUGUGUUGAAACCCGAAAAAAAGAAAAUCAUUGAAUUAGCAGAAUCAAAACGCCAAGAAAUCAUUAAAUCAGAAAAAUAUUUAAUUGAUGAAAAGAAACACAAGAAUCACCCAGGAUCAUUUUAUACAAGUCGAGCUCUUGGAAAAUCAAUUGAACAAGAUGAUAUUUCAAUUAAUAAUUUAUCAGUCUUACUUAAAUUAAAUAUUUAA